AUGGCGACGAAAGGACCCAAAGACGAAAGUGAGGUUAAGUCUUCCCAGACAACAAAAUUUGUUGAAUCAUGCCCAAAUUUGGGGCCAUACGACCCAAAAGGAGCUUUUGCAAGUUACAAGGAGAGGCUUGAGCUAUGGUUCGAGGGUCAAGGAAUUGAAGACGAGAAAAUUAAACGGGGCCAAUUGAUGUCGGUGGUGGGAGCAGCAGCUUAUGAAACCGUCAAGGGAUUGGUGACCCCAAAAAAGGUGUCUGAAUGUUCGUAUAAAGACCUCAUCCAAGCCAUGGAAGCCCACUAUGAUCCUGUUCCCAAUGAAAUUGUACAAAGGUACAAUUUUUACAGAAGAUCUCAGAAAGAAGGAGAGACUAUAGCUGAGUUCAUCGCAGAGCUAAGAAAGCUAUCAGAAUUCUGUAAUUUUGGGGACUUGGAAAAGGCCAUCAGAGAUCGGUUGGUGUGUGGAAUUAAAGACGAUUCAACUCGCAAGAAGUUGCUGGCAGUGAAGGACCUAACCUACAAAAAAGCGUGUGACAUAGCAAGAGCAGAAGAGGCGGCUGCAAAGGGCGCGGAAACGAUCCAACCAGAAGAAGGGAAAGUUCAAGCCAUCUCUAAGAAAGGAUUUGCUAUAGAAGAGGGACCCGGGGAGAUGUGUUUCCGAUGUAAGAAACCACAUAAUGCCAGUGACUGUUGGUUUAGGGAGGCCAUCUGCCGACAGUGUGGAGAAAAAGGACACAUCCGGCGAGCAUGCACCAAGGAAAAAUCUAAGAAAAAGAAAGCAGGAAAGAAAGUAAAUGUUGUGAAACUUUCAGAUGACACUUCAGAUGAAGACGAAACUGUAAAUCAGAUAAAUACAAUUGCUGAACAGUGGAAUGGUGUUUGGGUGUCAGUGAAGAUUGAAGGAGUUCCUCUAGAGAUGGAAGUUGACUCAGGGGCAUCCAAUACAGUGAUAAGUGAGAAAGAUUGGAGGAACCUGAAGAUCAGCAAAGAUUAUCGGGACUGCAAUGUGAAGCUACAAACUUGGCUUAAAAAAGGGGUCACUGUAAAAGGGAAAUUAAAAGUGAAAGUUGAGUUGGCUGACAGGAAGGUAAAAUUACCGUUGAUUAUCACCAAAGAAGGAGGUAAACCGUUGCUGGGAAGGAAUUGGUUCCAAGCAUUGGGAAUCAAAGUGCUUGUUCCUGAAGUCAAAGCAAUUGAGAUGGACCAGAUGGACAGAUUGUCACCGUUGAUAGAAAAACACAAGGGGGUAUUCAGAGAAGAAUUGGGUGCUCAUCCCGAGAUUGAGGUGAACUUAGAGUUGAAGGGCGACACCAACGACAUACAGGGUGAAGCCAAAUGGUGA